GUCUAGUUACUAUAGAAACUCCAAAAAAAACAUCCAAAAUUGUUUUUAGUAAUUGUCAAAAUUGACUAAUUUUUUCACCACAUGAUAUUUUUACAAACGACCGUGAAUUUUUUUUAUCGCUUAAACAAAUUAACGUGCAAAGUGUGAAAAUGAACCCAAGGAGAAGAUCCCAUCAUCCGCGUUUCCUCAACGAAGUUCUCGAAGCGAUAGCUACACUAAAAGAAUCGAAAGGUUCCACUAAAAAGAAUAUAAUUGAUCAAGUGGAGCUUUUAUUGAGCAAAAGAAUCAAACGAUUACGGCAUGAUUCAACUCAGAUUCAAAGAGCUUUAAGACACGGCUUAUCGAGCGGAUUAAUCAAAUCGAAAAAUGGAAAAUACGUACUGGGUAUGAACCAGAAAGAUUACGGCGCUUUUAAGAAAUUACAAGAAUUGAGUUCGGGAGGUGAUUUAAUGAGGCAGGUGCGUAGGAGGAAAGGUAAAAAAAAAAGAAAGCGAAGACCUAGAAGACGAAGACGAUAUUCAGAUGUGAGUGAUACGGAAGAAGACGACGAUAAUGAAGAUUACGACGACGAUGAUGAGGAAGUUAGUAGAGGUAGCGAUAGCUGUGCUUCUCAAGGAAAUGGUUCUUUGGAAGAUAGGGGACGUCGUAGAGGUAAAAAACGUAGAAAACGCAAAAGAACUAAACGUAGAAGACGCAACGAAAUAAUCAAUAUUCACGAAGGCGGAAACAAAACGGAAAAUUUGAAAUCGAAUAAAUCGUCUGAAGAAGAUUCAUUAAAAAUGGAAAAUAACGAUACAGAUAUUGAUGACAUGGAAACUAAUAAACAAAGUGGUACGCCUGAAGAUAGGGGACAUAGACGGAGUAGAAAACGAAAGAAACGCAAAAGAACGAGACGUAGAAGACGCAGUGACGGUACAAUGGAGAUUCAAGAAGCCGUCGAUAAUACGGAAAAUCAAAAAUCACCGAAAUCGUCUGACGACGAAUCCGCGAAAUCGAGAAACGAUGGAUCCGAUAUUGACCAUCGAGAAAACAAUAAACAGUCGGGUCCAGAUAAUGUCGAUAAUGAUGAAGAACAUCUAGACGAUAACCAUAACCAAAACCAUUGCGAAAAACCGGAUUGUCUAUGUAAUAAUUGGAAAAGUCAUCAAUAAUAUAUUUGUACUGUUUUUAUAAUAAAUAUUUUACAAUAAAUAUUCCAAAAAUA